AUGAAGAUUCCUAGUCCCCACCCAGAACUACUGAAUCAGAGUUUUGGAAGUAAAAGCCUGGAAAUUUUUAUUUUUGGCAAGCACUCAAAGGCCUAUGAUCCUGCAGAUUAUGAGCAUUUGCCAGUUUCUGCCGAGAUUAAGGAACUCUUCCAGUAUAUCAGCCGGUAUACACCUCAGGUGAUUGACCUGGACCACAAACUGAAACCUUUUAUUCCUGAUUUUAUCCCAGCUGUUGGGGAUAUUGAUGCAUUCUUAAAGGUCCCACGUCCUGAUGGAAAGGCUGACAGCCUUGGCCUGUUGGUAUUGGACGAACCCUCUACCAAGCAGUCAGACCCUACAGUGCUUUCACUCUGGUUAACAGAGAAUUCCAAACAGCACAGCAUCACACAACAUAUGAAAGUAAAGAGCCUGGAAGAUGCAGAAAAGAAUCCAAAAGCCAUUGACACAUGGAUUGAGAGCAUCUCUGAGUUACAUCGUUCUAAGCCUCCUGCGACUGUGCACUAUACCAGGCCCAUGCCUGAUAUUGACACACUGAUGCAGGAAUGGUCCCCUGAGUUUGAAGAGGUUUUGGGCAAGAUGAGCCUGCCCACGGCAGAGAUUGAUUGCAGCCUGGCAGAGUAUAUUGACAUGAUCUGCGCCAUCCUAGACAUCCCUAUCUAUAAGAAUCAGAUUCAGUCCCUCUACCUGCUCUUUUCCCUCUACUUGUAAUUCAAGAACUCACAACAUUUUAAAGCUCUAGCUGAAAGCAAGAAAGCAUUCACCCCUCCAUCCAACUCCACCUCCCAAGCUGGAGAUGCAGAGACAUUAACCUUCAGCUGAGACACCCCCCAGGUCACUCUCUUUGAAGGCUGAGCUGGCCUCUCUACCCAGCUGAGAAGGAGAGAUGGUUAUCAGCCACCUGACAUCCUUGCCUUGACUCAGCGACAGUGCAUAUCCUAUCCUCUCUGCCAGAAAGUACUUCACAUGUUCAUUAAAUGGUUUCUGCUUGGCUCAUAUUUCCCUCCCAUGGGAAUGAUGCAUUCUACCCAAUGGAGAUUUGAGGUAGAAGAAUUGGAAUUUUUGGGAUCCCAGGAUGCUUGAGUUAGGAGGAAAGUUUAGAAGAUGGUCUUUUUGAGCUAGCAAUGGAAUUGUUUUCAUUCAUUCUUAAAGUUACUUGGCAAAGAUUUUAAAUAAAAUGCUCUUAUCUUUCAGGUUAUCCUGCUGUUCUAUAACAUGAAAGAGGAAAAAGCAGGCUGAGCAUAAGGCAGAGAGAAGGAACUUGGCCUAAGAAUAGAUCUUAAGUGAUUAGCAGUUUAAACAAAUCAACUUUUUGAAAUAAAAUCAAACACCAGUCCUCCAA